AUGUUCAAGGCAGUGACCGAAUUCUUCAGGCCAAAGGCCACCAGGACCUUGCACUAUGCUCAUCUCAAGAACAACACACAUCCGACGUGGUACAAGGACUCGGGCCUGCGUAAGAAUGUCUGGCACUGUGUCGGCUUCUACUUCGCUGUCUUCUACCUUGGCUUCGACGCCUCCCUCAUGAACGGUCUCCAAGCGAUCCCCCAAUGGGAAGAAUACUUCAACUAUCCAUCUGGAAACACGCUGGGUCUAAUCUCAGCCAGUCUUUUCCUCCCAGCCAUCGUCACACCCUUCGCAGCAUCGUGGAUCAAUGGACUUUGGGGGAGGAAGUGGUGUUUGGCUGUUGGUUCAGUAUUGUUAAUUCUUGGUGCUUUCCUCAACGCUUUUGCAAAGGACAUUGGAACGUUUAUCGGCGGUAGAGUUAUUAUCGGUGCGGCUGGACCUUUCGGAAAGAUCACUGGCAUUGCACUUCUUCAGGAACUGGCGCAUCCUCGUCUGAGACCAUAUGUUGCGACGGCGUAUUACAGCAACUAUUAUGUUGGCCAGAUAGUCGCUGCGUGGUUUUGCUAUGGCACACUGUUUUGGCCGGAUACGGAGUGGAGAUGGCGAGCACCCUGCCUCUUCCAAGCCUUUGCACCAGCCGUUGUCCUUGUUCACCUUCUUUUUGUACCCGAAAGCCCUCGAUGGCUCAUCGACCACGACCGAUCUGAAGAAGCCCUCAAGGUUCUUGCAGACGAACAUGCCAACGGCGACCUCAACGACGAGUUAGUUCGAUACGAGUUCGAUGAAAUUUGCCAAGCUUUACAGUUGGAGAAAGAGAGCAAUAAUGCUAAGUACAGCGACUUUCUCAAAACACCUGGUAACAGACGGCGACUCCUUGUUCUAGUUACCAUGGGCACGGGCUCCAACUGGGUUGGCAAUGGUAUCAUCGCUUAUUACCUGUCACCAGCCCUCAAGCUCGUUGGCAUCACUUCAUCCAGUGCGAUCGCGGGCAUCAACGGUGGCAUGGCGAUCUGGUCUCUUAUAUGGGCAUAUGCGGGAGCCAUGAGUGCUGAGCGUCUUGGUAGACGCACGCUUUGGAUCACAGGCACAGCUGGCAUGUGCGUCGCUUACACAAUCAUCACUGGUCUUAGCGGUUCCUUUGCUGAGAACCCAUCCCAUGGUGUCGGUAUUGCUGUGGUCCCAAUGAUGUACCUCUUCAAGACCUUUUACUGUAUCAGCUGGUCGCCGUUACCAUUUGCCUACGGCGCUGAGAUCCUUCCGUAUAAUCUGAGAUUGAAGGGCUUGAGUAUUGAACUAAGUGUUCAGAGUGUUGCAUUAGCUUUCAAUCAAUGGGUAAACCCUGUUGCACUUGAGGCAAUUGCGUGGAAAUACUAUAUCGUCUACAUUGCUGUCAUUGCCAUGUAUCUUGUUCUUAUCCUAUUCUUCUUCCCUGAGACAAGAAACAUGACUAUUGAGGAGGUUUCCGUCCUCUUUGACACAGGACGAAAGGGUGAUGCGGCGGCAGCUACUAGCAAGUUUCACAAUAAUCAGUCGAAGAUGGAUGAUAUGCUUGAUGAUGGAGACGAUGCCGAUAAAGAACCUACUGUUUCACGAGUGGAGAGAGCUUAA